AUGCUUCCUCUCCACCAGCUUCAUGCUCCCACGGCCAUUUCUUACACUCUCUCUAAAACCCUAAACCCCAUUUUCACUAUCCCCAUCACUCAUCCUCUCUUCCCUUCGACACUUCCUGUCCUUUCUCAGUCAAACUCCUCACUUUCUCACUGCGAUUCCUGCUUUAUCUCUCGCCGGAAUUUUCCCCCCUCCACGCCGCCGUGUUGUGCCCUUGAAUUCUCUGGCAGUAGCAGUACCGAUUCUGAACAGGAUGAAGAGGGGCGUGAGGAAUUUGAGGACAGAGACGAAGAAGAUUAUUCUGACACCAACAAUUAUGAUGUUGACGUCACCAUGCUUGAGGAAGAAGCCAAGGACGCAGUCCGAGAGUGCUCUAACUAUCUGUCUCGCGUUUUGACUAUUGGACGACCCCAAAGAAACAGCUCGGAAGACGAGAUUAAAAGCAGAACAAGCAACGUCCCUGACAAUCUUCUCCCAAGGGUUGCAAUUGUUGGGAGGCCAAAUGUUGGCAAGUCAGCAUUGUUUAAUCGUCUUGUUGGGGGAAACAAGGCCAUUGUGGUGGAUGAACCUGGGGUUACUAGGGAUCGCUUAUAUGGUAGAUCAUUUUGGGGAGACCAUGAAUUCAUGGUAGUGGACACAGGUGGAGUUCUCACUGUUUCAAAAUCACAAGCUGGUGUUAUGGAAGAGCUGGCUACUACUACAGUUGGCAUGGAUGGUAUUCCACUUGCUUCCAGAGAGGCAGCCAUUGCCAGGAUGCCCUCAAUGAUUGAGAGACAGGCAGCUGCAGCUGUGGAAGAGUCAUCCGUUAAUUUCCUGGUUGAUGGCCAGGCAGGCCUAAUGGCAGCCGAUGUGGAGAUUUGAUGGUUACGUAAGAACUACUCCCAUAAAAGUGUCAUUCUUGCAGUUAACAAGUGCGAGUCUCCACGGAAAGGAAUUAUUCAGGCAUCUGAGUUUUGGUCCCUCGGGUUUGAACCAAUUCCUGUGUCAGCUAUAUCAGGGACAGGAACUGGAGUGCUUCUUGACCUUGUAUGUUCGGGGCUAGAGAAAAUUGAGGAAUCAGAAAAUCUUGAUGAAGAAGAUUAUGUUCCCGCAAUAUCAAUUGUGGGUAGACCUAAUGUUGGCAAAAGUAGUAUUUUGAAUGCAUUAAUGGGUGAGGACAGAACAAUAGUCAGUCCCGUCAGUGGCACCACACGUGAUGCUAUAGAUACUGAAUUUACUGGAGCAGAUGGCCAGAAGUUUCGCCUUAUUGAUACGGCUGGAAUCAGGAAAAGGGCAGCGGUAGCCUCAGCAGGCAGUGUGACAGAGGCUCUGUCAGUGAAUCGAGCAUUUCGUGCUAUUCGCCGUUCUGAUGUUGUUGCUCUUGUCAUUGAGGCUAUGGCUUGUAUCACAGAACACGACUGCAAGAUAGCUGAGAGGAUAGAAAGAGAAGGGAAAGGUUGUGUGAUAGUUGUGAACAAGUGGGAUACGAUACCAAAUAAAAACCAGCAAACUGCAACAUACUAUGAAGAAGAUGUCAGAGAGAAGCUCCGUUUACUUAACUGGGCUCCCAUCGUCUAUUCCACUGCAAUAGCUGGUCAAAGUGUUGACAAGAUUAUUGUAGCUGCUAGUGCAGGAAAGGAGAGAUCGAGACGACUUGGUACUUCUAUUCUGAAUCAAGUAGUGCGGGAAGCAGUGGCUUUUAAACCACCUCCCAGGACACGAGGGGGAAAAAGGGGGAGAAUUUACUAUUGCACUCAGGCUGCGAUAAGGCCACCUACAUUUGUUUUCUUUGUGAACGAUGCAAAACUUUUUCCCGAGACUUACCGCCGAUAUAUGGAGAAGCAACUGCGUACAGAUGCUGGUUUUUCAGGUACACCUAUUCGGCUUCUGUGGCGUAGCAGAAGGAAAGCGGGAAAGAUGAAG